AUGCUUUCCAUUGAAUGCUUUAUGAAAGCUGAGUAAAAUACAGAGAACAUCGAUUUCAUUUAGCUUUUGAAAUCUGAUAACACUCCUAAUAAUGAAAUGUUGUAAGGAUCACCGAUAAUUUAACAAUAAACGGUCGAUAAUCCUUAUUCAGCCACCAAUUAAAAUGUUAAAUAAAAUCAAUUCGACUUUGCCUUUAAUGAAUCAAAUUCUUAAAGUUCUAUGGUAGUAUUUGAUAAGAAACCAAGUUUUGCCGGCUAAUCUUUCUAAUCAUCGAAUGUUGAUUCUUAGCACUAAUUUAGCGAUAGAUAAUAUAAUCCUUAACCGUUUAGCUGUGGAAAUAUUAGUCCUUUAAGAGAAACUUAAGAUAGUGAAAGAUUCAAUCCAAUUCACAGUAUGCCUAGAUAAAUUGAAUAAAAUUCUCGAGUAUUUGGGCAAGACCAUAAGACCCCAUUCUAAAAUAUUUAAAAUCUUAUCAAACUUAACACUGCUAUUGGAAAUACUUAGGACUAUUCUCAGUUUAUCCAUCUCGAUCAGAUCUCAAAGAUUAGUCCAAAUAAAAAGGCAAGAGCAAACAAGGUCCAAAAUGAAAAUGAAAUACAAAUGCCCGCUAAGGUAUUUGAAAUAAAGCCAGAUAGAGUAGUUUAGAAAGUUCAUAAGAUAGAUGAAGGAAAAUUGAAAUAAAAUAAAAUAUCAGUGUUUUAAAUGAACUAUGCUGCUAAAAAGAUUCAAAGAUUUUUCAAAACUUAUCUGAUAUGGCAGAAGUUUAUUAUGAUGCGAUAAAAUGAUGAUAAAUAUCUGAUGAAAUUGCAAAACUAGGCUAGAGCUGCUCAAAUCAUUAAAAGAUCUGUUACUCGCCAUAUGUUAUGCAAAUAAGUAAGAGCUUAGCUGUAAAAACUAAAAAGUUCAGUCAUUUUGAUUUAAAAAUUUUGGAAAUCAAAACAGUUUAGAAAGCUUAUAUAGAGAAGACUGAAAGCAAAACAACUUAUAUUAAGCUUAUUCUUAGGUUGGAGAACAAGAAUCAUCACAUCCUUACUUGCUGCUGAGAUUUAAGAAUAUGUGCAUUAAGAGAAUACAGACGACAGAAGCAAUUUAAAGACGAAAUUCCUAAAUUUUUAUGAUUAGAUUCUUGAGGAAGAUUUAUGGUUUGUCAAGCACAGAUAAGCAUUCUAUCAACGAUAGAAUCAAUUAAAGAAAAAGACAGUCAAAAUUUCUAUACCAGAAGAAGUAUCCCCUAUUAGAGAAAAUGAUCCACCUCAGCCAAGAUCAUAUAUUUCCUCUAAUACCAAGCCUAAAAUUUAGUAGCAAUCAAGUGUGUAGAUGGUGGUGAGAUAAGAAAAGUUCAUAGAUUGGAAUGCAAUUGCGAUUGCUAGAAACAGAAGUCCUACCAACCUUCUAACAAGACCAGUAUCGUCAAUGACUGAAAUGAUCCCAAUUUAAAGCCCUAAAAAUCAAAAUAUGACAAUGUCUAGAUCAAAUUCUAAGGCCAAGAUACUAACUUAGACAGUACUAAAUGCUUCAUUGAAUGAUCCUUUAAGAAGAGCUAGGCUCCAAAGAUCUCCUCAGCAGUUAUCACAAACUAAUCUGAAAAGAUCUUAAAAUUCUCAUUUGAAUGAUUCUGCAUUAAUAGGCAUUUAACCUGUAAGAUAAGAGUCUAGAAAUAGAGUGAAUACCAAUGUCUAAAGUAUGAGAAGUAAAGAAAGGUUAAAUCCAUUGCAAACAAAAAAACCAAUACCUAAACCUAUUUAAGAAACAAAUUAAGAUAAAAAAUCAAUAGAAAGACUUAAUAAUAGUCAUCUAAUGAAUAAAACUUAGAAGCCCAACAAUCAGCAUGAAUGUGAGAGAUACAUGAGAAAGUCUAUUGCAGGAACAGAGUCAGAAAUUCUUAAUCAACUUAAUUUGUCAUCUUGCUCAAAGCUUGACAAGUCUAUUAAUUAAAACACGCCUAACAUGAAACAGCCUAAGAUCAAUAAGUAGCUUUUACAACAGUUCAUAAAAAAAGAGGAAAGACAAGAUAAAAAUGGACCUUCAUAAAAUCAGCAAAGACUCUCUGUAAGCAAAUCUAGAACUCAUCACAGAUACAACUCUUAGCAACUAGAUAACUCGACUCCUAUCGUAAAUCAGUCAUGCAAUAGUUUAUGCUAUUCAAAGGAUAACGAAUCUUAGAUUUACAACCAACAAAAUAUCUCAAUGGUUAUUGAGAAGCAGGGAAUCAUUCCUAAAUACAAGAAAUGCUUGAAUGAAAUAGAGAGUCUUCUCGAGUCCUUAUUCGAUACUAAAUAGCAAGAGGCAAAUGAUAAUAAGAGUCUAGGUAGGGGCUGUAACAAUGAUUAGAAACUAAAAAAUGAUCAAAAAUUCAAUGUAAGAUAACCUAACAUUAAUUUUAAUAUCUGCUUUAGAAACUUAUUAAUGAUCUCAGAAUUCAAUACAGUAAUGCUUCUAAAAAUAAGGCUUGAAGGACUCACCUUAAUCUAUUAUUUUGUGGAUUAUAUUUUGAUUACCCUACAUUUUCUGAAUUAAAAGUUAUGA